AUGGGUGACGCUGUAGCUCCAAACGCCCUCGCCGAUACCACGCGAGUGGAGGCACCCGUCACCUUCAAGACGUAUAUGAUGUGUGCCUUUGCAGCCUUUGGUGGUAUCUUCUUCGGUUAUGAUUCCGGUUAUAUCAACGGUGUCAUGGGCAUGAGUUAUUUCAUCCAAGAAUUUGAAGGCUUGGAUCCUGCCACCACCGACUCGGAUCAUUUCGUUGUCUCAUCGUGGAAGAAAUCCUUGAUCACAUCCAUCUUGUCGGCAGGUACAUUCUUCGGUGCUUUGAUUGCUGGUGAUCUUGCGGACUGGUUUGGACGUCGCAUCACCAUCGUCUCCGGUUGUGCUAUCUUCAUCGUUGGUGUCGUUUUGCAGACCGCAUCAACCACCGUAGCUCUUCUCGUAGUGGGACGUUUGAUUGCGGGAUUCGGUGUCGGUUUUGUGUCGGCCAUCAUUAUCCUGUACAUGUCAGAGAUUGCUCCUCGCAAGGUCCGCGGUGCCAUUGUGUCGGGUUACCAGUUCUGUAUCACCAUUGGUCUGAUGCUGGCUUCUUGUGUCGACUAUGCCACUCAGAAUCGCACUGACUCCGGUUCCUAUCGCAUUCCAAUUGGCAUUCAGAUUGCUUGGGCCCUCAUCCUCGGUGGGGGGUUGCUCAUGCUACCUGAAUCGCCCCGUUAUUUCGUCAGAAAGGGCCAGCUCGACAAGGCGUCCCAUGUCCUCGCUCGUGUCCGUGGCCAGCCCGAGGAUUCGGAGUAUAUCAAGCAGGAGCUAGCAGAGAUCGUUGCCAACAACGAAUACGAGAUGCAAGCGAUGCCCCAGGGUGGCUACUUCACCACCUGGCUGAACUGCUUCCGUGGAAGUCUGUUCCACCCCAACAGCAACCUCCGCCGUACCGUCCUAGGUACUUCUCUUCAGAUGAUGCAGCAAUGGACCGGUGUCAACUUCGUGUUCUACUUCGGUACCACGUUCUUCACCUCCCUCGGAACAAUUUCGAAUCCCUUCCUGAUUAGCAUGAUCACCACCAUCGUCAAUGUUUGCUCGACUCCCGUCUCAUUCUACACCAUGGAGAAGGUUGGACGUCGUCCCCUGCUGUUGUGGGGUGCUCUGGGCAUGGUUAUCUGCCAGUUUAUUGUCGCCAUUACCGGUACCGUCGUCGGUGACAAGGGCGGCAACAACGCUGCGGUCAGCGCGGAGAUCUCUUUCAUCUGCAUUUACAUCUUCUUCUUCGCCAGCACCUGGGGUCCUGGCGCCUGGGUUGUCAUCGGCGAGAUCUUCCCUCUGCCCAUUCGUUCGCGCGGUGUGGCUCUGUCCACUGCGUCUAACUGGCUUUGGAACUGCAUCAUCGCCGUCAUCACUCCAUACAUGGUUGACCAGGACAAGGGCGAUCUCAAGUCCAAGGUGUUCUUCAUCUGGGGAUCCCUCUGCGCCUGCGCCUUCCUCUACACCUACUUCCUCAUCCCCGAGACCAAGGGACUCACCCUCGAGCAGGUCGACAAGAUGAUGGAGGAGACCACGCCACGGACCUCUGCCAAGUGGAAGCCUCACACCACCUUCGCCGCCGACAUGGGACUCACCGAGAAGGACAUCACCGACAAAGUCCACGUCGCCCACCGGGAAGUCUAA